CUCAUUAUUGACUAGCCAACGAAGUAGGAAAGAAGAGCCAUUCAGGUUUUCUCCCUUGUCCACUUUGGCUGUUCAUUUCAUUUUUCCAUCAGUAAUCCUCCCCAAACUCCAAACAAUCAUCGACAUCAAGCUUCGUUUCUCUUCAUCCCCCACAAAGCCACACAAACACAACGACACCCUCAUGGCCCAGAAGGAUGAGGCUGUUCAUGACCAACUCGCCGACUCACUCAACGAUCUCUUCACCAGCGUCUCCACCAUGAUCAAAUCCCAGCUCCAAGGGACGAAUAAUGAGCUAGAAGUGUUGGAGAAAAUGAAUGAGAGAGUGGGUGAAGAAUACAAAGGGAUGGGUGGCGUGGCAUCUGGGCUGAGGGUAUUCGUGGAGCAGUUGAAGUCAAAGGGUGGUAACUUCGACCAAUAUGUGCAGCAGAUUGAUGCAAUAGAGCAACAAGUGACUGAGUUUGAAGCUGUUGUGUCAAUGCUCGAUAAGCAUGUUUCCCUUUUAGAAUCCAAAGUUCUUUCUGUUUACCCUCAUCCUCCACAUCCCACUUCCUAAUUUUCUACACUUGUUGUUGGGUCUAUUUUAUUAUUCCAAUCUUUGUUUUUUUAAUGUUACUUUCUAUUGAUUUAAUGUAUCUCACGAGACAGUCUUAUAAAGCGCUCUUCUCACAUUUGAUCAA